AUGGCGGUUACAUUAGCACUUGCUGCGCUGUUGCUGAUGAAGUAAUAAUAAUAAUCGAAUAAACAACAAUUAUUGUAAUAAUCAAAGAAAUCUCUUACAAUUUUAGCUUCAUGAAAAUACAUGACUUGAGAUGAAAAAAACGCGAACAAUUUGUUAUAAUCUAUUUUUGAGUUACAAGUUAAUAUAAUUUUCAAUCUUAACAAACAAUUUUUACUAAAUUUCGCCCAGAAUCGUUUUUCGUUUUUCAAUGAUAUUUUUCAUUGCAAACAUAAAUCAAAAAAUAAAAUAAAAUAUAAUUUAUUUUUUUAUUUAUUUUUAGAUUUUGAGUAGAGCGAAGAAACUUAUAAUUUUACAAAGAUGUUUAUUUAUUUUUUUCUGUCGACAACUUUUCUACCAGUAAUUUUGCUCCAACCAUUAACGAUAGCAAUAUUUCUGAAAGGAAAUUUCACUGGGAAGGUAAUUGAUAUCUAUUUAUUUAAUAAAUGAAGGUGAUUUUUCGAUUUUCCCAAGAGUUUUCCUAGUAAAUGUGAAAACCCGGGAUAAAACAUGGGAAAACCGGGUAAAACGUAGGAAAACUGAGAAAAACGGUACAACAGUAAACGAGUAUUAUUAAAGAAAAUAUACGAAGGCUAUUUAAUUAUUUUACUAUAAAAUGACGUAUAUACUGUUGACAAAGCAUCACUGUUUACUGAACUCCGCUCAGAAUCGUUUUUUCGUAAGCAAUGGUUUAUUGUUGCUUACGGGUAUACAUUGAAUUGUCGAUAACAGUGGCUGCACCCGUCCGCAUUAUUCUAGGACGUCUAUUUUUUUAUUAUUAUCAUUAUUAUUUUUUUUUUCUAUUGUAUCGAAUGUAUUUCUUUUCCGCUGGUUAAUACACUGAAAAUCGUGCGCAUAAUAAUAUAAUUUCACGAUGUGCCACACGAGAUCGGGGAAAAAAAAAAUAAAAAGAAUCGGUCCGUUCCGGUAUGUUCCGAUCUGACGUGUAGCGUGCGGCAAUUUUGCACGCGGUCGGCCGUGGGCCCGGUUUCGAGCUUUUCGUAAUAUAUAUUACGUCAUCGGGGUCUCCGCGGGGAUUCCGUGGCCGGUGGCGUAAUAAUAAUAUCGUCGUCACUCCGUGCCCGACCUCCCCCCCUCCCCCGGCACCCGCGCGACGCAAUCUCGCCCCGAGACGGAAAAAUUAAUUAUGAAUAAUGGAAAAGGGACCAUCGCCGGAAGUGUACAUGCACGUAUAUACAGUAAUAAUAUUUUCAUUGGAGCGGACACGGGGAUGGGCGCGGCGGGACGGCGGGUGGGUCCCGUGCGCCCGAAGGGUGUGGCCGCCGCCGCCCUUCGCGCGAGCCGAGCAGGGGGCGCGCGUUUGAAAGGGGCUAAGGGAAAUGUACGGCGCGCGUCCGUGGCUAUUGAUUCCGCGCGUGCAGUGUACGUACGGGCCGGCGGCGGCGGACGGACGGGCGCGCGUUGCAGCGACCCUCGACGCGUCCCGUUCGCGAUCGUCACCCCUCGGUCGCGCGCGAAUCGCGCUACCGUGGCGCGGCGACCGGGCACGACGGCCGGCGUCUUCGGGGCCCCGCGCGUUUCCCCCGGCGAAACGCUUUCAGUGGCUACGCGGACGGUUGCGUUGUCUGCGCCGUCCGGGCGACCAACGGCCACGUUGUUAUUAUCGCGGACGCCGCGGCGACCGCGACGACAGCCGAACACGCAGGAAACGUCCGGCGGCCGACAGAUACACGCUCGUUAAUAACGCACGUAAGUCCAAUCCGCGAUACCGUCACGGAUACCGCCGAAUACAAUAACAACAAUAAUAACAAUAAUAAUAAUAAUAAUAAUGUUUUACGAAAUUUUACCUGUACAGUGUGCGCGUCUCACGCGUAUAUACCAGUGCCGUUGUCGACGGACAGUUGUCGCUCGCGCCGGCCGAUCGCUACCGUGACCGGCCCGUUUUGUAGUACGGCACACUCUACUCGCCCGGUAUGCGGUAAAAAGCGGUAAUAUUGCAUUAUAGGUUUUCGUUUCAGGAACCGGCGGCGAACCAUCACGUCGACAGACACGACGACUGCCGGAUCCGCGGGAACUGCCGCCGGCCGAGAUCUGGUGGAGUCGCCCUGUAUACGCACAUCUCUGCGGAACGUUGGAACGUUGGACGACGAGAACGCGACCGCGGCGACUGCGGGAAGGUAAACGAACAUUUUUGAGGAAAAACCACGGAUAUCGGUGUAAUACAUAUUAUGCCGCGACGACAGUGGCGGACGAGGCUAUUUUCUGUUGCCGAGAACUGAAUUCGUGUACUCCCCCUCCCCCUUCCACCCCAAAAAAAAAUAAAAAUAAAUUCAAACAUAAAAUAAGGCGUCUUAAGAUCGAGCGUCCCGAAAUCCUCAAAAUCCCGAUUUCCACUACACCCAGUGGUUCCCAAUCUUUUUUUAUUCUACACCCCUCUUGUACAUUUUCGAAAAUCUCACAUCCCCCUCUCUUAAAUUAUAGAUUAGACUGUUAAUCUGUUGUUUUCGAUUGGACUGACUGUAAAACGGCAUAAUCGUUUUAACAACGAAAUUCUCGUUAUUUCACGAUCGCUAUAUUCCCCCCGUGCAGUAUGUAAAUUCCCCCUGGGAGGUAGGAUUAUCCUCCCCCCUCCCACUUCGGUUGGAAACCACUGGCGCUACAGACUAUAGUGUUUCCACCAUUUCCGAUAGACCGGUCUCCGCCACUGUACCGCGGCGAGGUUCUUAUCGGCUCGACGAAAACCGGCCCUUCGUACUUUACAAUAUUAUCCAAUAACGACGUAGUCCCGUGUAAUCAUAUUUUCGAAUAUUGCGAUUUCGCUACGGGACACGGUAUCGUUAGUGUUGCAUACUAAUAAUGUUGGCCCGUUACGUUGACAGACGUCGGACGCGAUUAUGUACGGCGCUUUUCCCGAAUCCGGCAGCAUUUUUUCCGGCCACCUGUUUUCCGUUACUAUGCGUGUAACAGUACACUCACUUCGACAUAUUACCGAAUCAGAGUAAUGAAAAAACCGUGUUUUUCCUAUCUCUUAUUGCGUCCCCGUAUUUUAUAUAUUACGUACACACACACGGGUAAUAGACAAUCCGGGCACACCCUUUUCGCCGUGUUUGUUUUAUAAACUGCGUUUUUUUUUUCCCCCCCGCACUCGUAAAACCACUCCGAUGGGCGUCGGUCUCGCGGACGACACGUUAAAAACCGUUUGAUUACUGUUACAAUGCACCGUCCGUUCACCUACCCGCUCCGUCACACCCCGGCCGCAUCACACCACCGAGGGAGGCCAUUGCACUUUGCGAGUGGUUUUUUUUUUUUCAUUUUCUUUUUUGUAAUUUUAAUUAUUACUCCGAGCGCAUAUUAUUAUCAUAAUUAAAAGGGCCACCGCGACCGAAAAUCCAUAAUUCUCCAGCCCCCCGGCGGCACAUUAUAUAAUCGGCUUGCACGCGAUUUACGUUCGCGUUUCUAAUAAUAAUAAUACAGUCGAACUAAUCGCGCGCGAGAUACGUGUCGUUUUCGAUACAUUUCUUUUAUUUUCUUCUUCUAUAAUUCAUUCAUAACAAUGCGUAAUGACGUACGGUGAUAAGCUUUUCACUCGGUAACAAUACGCAUUAUUACGCGCUUAUGCGGCGGUCUUAAGUUCACUUUGAACGAUAAUAACCGGAAAGACUAUAAAAGGAAAAAAUAAAAGAAAACGACCUGUGCUUUUUGAAACCGUAUAUUAUCACUUUCUCCGUGUAAAAUCGAACAGGCGGACGCAACGAGCCGACAUUUUCAAAUAACGUUUAGGACGGAGUAAAAUCUAUUUUUAAAAUCGGAGGCGUCCGAUUGUCGCGCCGAUAAUGCAAUCAAUGGUAACGAAGCAAUACGAUUUUCAUAUGAAUGCGGUUAUAAACAUUAUGUAGAAAACAAAUUAUAAAAUACAAGAGAAUUCUUGUAGACAGUUAAAGCGGGGAAAACUUCGAAUGGGCGCUAUAUUUACCGAAAAUUGAAAACGGUAUUGUCGCAAUCGCUGCCGGUCUCGUCCCACGAUAAAUACAAUGUCGUUAGUGAUUGGAAUUCGACGUGAAAUAUCGCGUUCUCGCAAACGGAUAUUAUAGACUUUCGGUAAAAACCGCGUGUAGGAUAGGUAUAGUAAAGAUACAUUUACCUAUCGACUGAGUCCAUCAAGCCGUCAAACGGAAAACACGCGGAUUCGUUUCGAGAAAAACGGAUGUACUUUUUAAAUGAUCGGCGAGUUUUUAUACGGUUUUGACUUGUUACUGCCGCUGAAACACGAGAGGAUAAUUACGAAAACUAUUUGUGUACAAAAAUACUCGACGGUGAGGACUCUCGUAAUCUAACCUAACCCGUGGCCCCGCAGCAAAGACCAGUUUACGCCGAAAAUGAGCGGGUUUUUUUUUUCAUACAUCCGCAGUCCACACAGCCUGAAUUUCAAUUUUCUCGUGGAAAAAAGUUACACAAUCGUCGAAUUCAAAUAAAAUAUAUUAAUUAAAAUUCGUAGUGGACAGAAACGUAUUCAUGGAGGGCUUCGGGUUCGGAGCUACAGCCCACAUUCGCAAUUUUCGGAAAAUAAUGCUUUUCAAUAAAAUUAGAGCGGGUUUCGGGGCUUUGGAGCUGAAUUUAUGAUAAAAAAAAAAAUCCCGUCUCAAAAGAAAAUGUCUAUUUAUACGUAAGUACCUGAUAGUGUGGUUUUCGACUGUUCUGGUAUUCUAUAAAUACUGAAUCAUGGUGUCAUUUAGGUUUUUUCAAUAGGAAUGCAAAGAUUUUGAAUUUUUAACUUUUCCUCUACCAGGUUAUUUAUAUAUACCGUUUAUUUUUCGAACCGGAACAAUUCUUUACUCACUUUGGCGGCUCCUAAACGCGUUUCAAUUUAUAUUUUAAAAUUAAAAUAAGUACUGUAAUUAUUUCAGAGUACAAUAUAACGUCGAUACCAAACUACGACCAUAUAGUAUAUUUUCCAUGAAGUAUAACUCAUUGUUGUACCGCGAUUAAAUACGCGUGACGUCAGUUCCGAAGCAUGUUAUCUUAACCGCAUGGUAACGAUAUUAACCGCGGUAACAAUCGCCCGCGUCUCGAUCUCACAACUCGGACAAACGCUAUAGAUUCUUAUAGAAGCGGCCCACGGCAGUGGUUCGAUUUCCUUUCGCAUUUUACGUACUUUUAUCGACGACGACGGCGAAAUUAUAACUUUGUACGCGGGCCAAAAUCGGCCGAAAUAAUAGUCCUCGGCCUUUAAACUACAUCCGCCUUCUGUACGUUUACCGUACCGCUUAGUAAAAUUAUAAUAAUAUUCGCGGAUAUUGCACGGAGAUUCUUAAUUUCCCGACGAAGAACCAAAGACUUUGAAUCUAAGGAUCUAUAUUGUUAAUAGAUACAUAAUAUUAUAUUGAUUCGUAGCGAAACCUUUGGUGUCGAUUUACGAUUGCCGCCGCGCCUGUUAAAACAGAAUAGUUUCCACGCUUUCAUUGUUCCGUCCGUGUCUAUAUUUGGCCUAUGCGAAAUCGUGCUGGGCGCCUUUUACAUCCGAUAUAUUAAUAUUAUGCGUUGCGGAAAUACACAUCCGCGAUCGAUUAUUACUGGACCGAAAAAAAAAAAAUCGAUAAUAAAAAAAAAAACGGCCGCGUAAACUCUAUUCCGUUGCAGUCGGUUUUUACGCCGCCACGAACCCUUUGAUCGCGAUUAUAGUUUCCCGCGAGUUCUACGACCGCUCCCCCUCGGAAUUCGGUGCGCGCAGAGCCGUUUACGUGUCAUUAUACGGAGUGAUCAAUCUGUCAUAAGACACUCAUUAUCUCGGAAAGUAAUCAUUAUUUCUACGAUUUAUUUUCCAGAACAUUUAACAAACAAGCUGCUCUACAAUUUUGAAUUUAUGUUAUGUUUUUUGUCAUCCUUAUUUUUGCGGAUAAAACCACUACCUACCUUUCAUUUUCAAAUGGCGACCUAUAAUAAAAAUUCCAUAAAUGGAUAGAGUAUUGUUUGGAAUAAAUUUCAGUGUUGCAAUGUUUGAUUUCCGUCAAUCAGUUGACGAGAUAUUUUACUUUUAAAGUUUGGGUCGGGGGAGAGUGGCGGUUCGUUAUUAACACGCCGCGCGCCGUACCGCCACACAAAUGAUACUCCGCUACUGUCCUCCGACUAAAAACUCAAAAGUGAAAUAUCUCGUCAACGGAUUGACGGAAAUCAAAAAUCUAUUUCAACCAACACUCCGUCUAUUAACAGAAUUAUUAAUACAGGUUGCUAUUUGAAAAUCGAAUGUAGCUAGUUUGGUUUCGCCCCCGAAAAUGAGGGUGACAAAAAAAUAACAUAAAUAUGAAAUUGUAGAGCAGCUCGUUUCCAAAAUGAUCCGGAAAGUAAACUCCGGACUAAGUCAACGAUUUCCAAGACAACGAGUGUCUCUCACGACAAACUGAUCGCCCUGUAUAGUGGCGGAGGGAAAAUUCGAAAACGCGCGAUAUUUUCCCUCCCAGCGUGGCGUAGCGGGAAAUCCACUCGCGCGCCCGUACGCGUAUUAUUCUACACGAGUGUAAACCGGCGGCGUUGUCGUGGCGACCGGCCGAGACGCUUGCGCGCGCGUUUCCCCUCGGCCGCCGCCGCAUCAUCGCGACCCCUGCUGCGUAGUAUUGCAAUAACCGCGUACCCGGUCCGCACGUCCGCGUCUCGCACACCGUGAGCGCGGCGCGCCAUAAAUUGUCGUUCACGAGGGUCAAUGCCGCCGCGCAUACACCGUGCGCGGGGUCGGCUGUGCCGCGGGCACGCGGUCGACGUUCGUCACCGGUCGCCGGUCGAGCGGUUGUUACGUAUAAUUUACGGUGUGCGGACGUAUCUCUUUUUCGUAGGACAGUACUCUUAUUUUGACACACUGUCCCGUGUCCUUAACAACAGUGUCGAGUACAUGUGUAUGUUAAUUAAGUUUUUUUUAUUUAUUUAUUCAAAUGUCUACAUUUCAAAAUUAAUUUAAAUAUGGUAUUCUUUAGUUACACAUGUGUACUUCAAGUUGAUUAAAAUUACUUAAAUUUCAUAGUAUUUUCAUUAUAAAGACACGUUCCAAAUGAGUUGGACAUUAUGACUUCAAAUAGUUAGAUUUUAUAGUUGAUAAUGUGUGUAGUUGAUAAAAAGUUUAUAAUAGAGCAAUCGGAUAAUAUAAAUAUGUAGAUGGAGGUAUGCUAUGGGUAAAAUGGGUAGAAUAAUAUACACAAUACCCAAUUCUUUUAAGGGAGGGGUUUUUUAUAAUGAAGGGGCACAAUUUGAAAAUGUACUUAUUUUUUGAUUUUUAUAUCUGGUUGCUAUUAAUACAAUAGUUUUAGAUUCGAAGCGAGGGAUCUACAUUUGUUUUACUAUGAUGCGUGUUUUUGUAUUUUUUCGGCCUUUGAACGACUUUUCUACCAGAAAGCUUGUUCCUAAGUAUAGACUAUAGUACCUUUUCUGGAAGGUAAUUUUCUCUUGUCGGUACGUUGAGGAGGUCAUUUUUUUGAUUUUCCAAGGGGUUUUCGAAAUAAUCGGGAAAAACCCGAAAGAAACGUAUUGGUAAAACGGAAAAUAUUUAUGGCGUGCCGUGACGUCACCGUUUUCAUUGUUUUUACCAUGUUUACACGAUGUUUUUUUUUUAUUUACACAUACUAUAAACGCUUUAUGGGAAAACUUUUUUAUGGAAACCGUAUGGAAAUAGGUACCGACAUUUCAAAACACGGUUUAAUCGAACUUCGUUCAGAAUCUUUUUUCGCUGCAUAAUACUCGGAUAUAAAUUAAAUCGUUAAAUAAAUGUAUCCUAUGCCUUCCUGACUUUACACCUACAAUAGUGGCACUGCCAGUAGUAGGUAGCUGUCGGCGUUAUUUAUUUUAUCUAUUUUUUUUUUUUUUUUGCGAAUUUUGUUAAAAUACUUCCGUGAUGCAGACAUGUUUGGUUUUUCAGUAAAUAUAAUUUUCGAAGUUGCAUUUCUAUCACCACUGAUUUUUCAGAACAGAAAAAAAAAUUAAUUUUCGGUAAUUAGGAACCUAUCUUGUAACGAAGUAUAACAUUCUUUGAUGAGGUCUGACAUUUUCACCGUAUAGUUUUUAGUAUUUUUUAAACGUAGUAUUGUUUUCUGCCUCUUGCUGACUUGUUUAUAGCUAUAUGCUCGAGUUUUGUUUAGUUAGGAUACAAUUUGUUAAACGCCUAGUUAAACAAUUUUCGAUAAAUCAACAAAAAAUUUCUCGAUAAGUUGAUUUCAUUAGUCAAAGAUAGUUGAGCGUUCAGUUCCGUCCAUAAUCUUAUUUUGAAUACCUAUGUAAUAACUAAACGUUGCUAUCUGCAGGGUUAAAACUAAAUUUCCCUACAAAAAUAUAUAUUAUCUUUCAAAUUUGUUACUUACAACUGUUCGUGAUCAGCAUCAGUUCUUUUUUUUAACGCUGUUAUAAUAACGUUUUAAAAAAACCGAGUUUUCCUUUUUCACCCUUUGCUUUUGUGAGAAAAUGUCUAUCCUCAUGAUGGAUCUAGGAAAACUUGAAUUAAGAGGAGAAGGGAGGGGGGUACCACGUCCAUCGGGCUCAUGGAUGUAAAGGGAUCAUUACAUAGUAGAUUUGUGUCAUAAUAAUUUAGAUAUGUAGGUAUGCAAAAUGUUUUCAGUUCAUAAAUUUACAUAAUAUGUCUAUAAAUGACCCAUUUUCAAGUUCGACCAUGGCACCCACUGGACCCUUAUUCCGAUCGAUAAUUUAGUCUUUUGUAAGAUUCUAGCCUAAAUUUAGUCGUAAUAAAAUAUUUAACUUGAAAUUAGGUAUUGAUUGAACACGCUGAAAAUAAAUGUAAUUUUAAAAAUGCUGUUUAUUUACCCAUAGCGUGUAUUCGAAGACUCUUGGCUCAAAAUGUUUUAAAUUUCUAAAUUGCUACAAAAUCGAAUGCGUCCAAGAAAACCGUUUUGACUGUGAUUAACAUAAAAACGGUAUUGCUAGAAAGUCCGAAAACGUAUUUUGACCAAGUCUACUAGCUAAAAAGUGCUUUAUCUAUAUCUACGCAUACGAUGAUUUUGAUUUAUUUUCGGUGUUAUGUAUUACCUAUUGCCGACGAAUCAAACUUCGUCGUUGUAAUAGGCCAUUGAAUCUUCUUUCGAAAUUAUGAUAAACGAUAUUUAAAACUUUGUUUACAUUUACAACACUCAGUCUAUAUACUAAUAGGCAGGUACAUAACACAGAGAAAAAAAAUUAUCUCGCAUCUUUUUGGAAUUCAUUCACGAAACGAAUGUUUGGAUAGGUACGACGUUCAUUGUUAUGAAUUCGGUUUACUGAGAAAUAUAGUUUUUAAAUGGCGCUAUUCUCAUUAAAAAUAAUGAAUCGUGAUCACAGUGUCGAAUUAAUACAAUUUUCACGCUUGUAAGUGUUUUGCAGUCGGUAGUCAAGUGUAUAGUGUUACGAAAAGAAAAGCAACUACAGUCAUUUUAAGACACCUGUUUAUAAAGCUUAUAUUUUUACCGGCGGUAAACGUCCAACAGUCUUGUAAAUUUAAUCGCCAGUAUCACUUAUUAAUUAUACAGGUAUCUACCCAAAGCAAAGGUUAUUCAUUCCAGCAGACAGGUGGUCCAUUUUUCAUUUUGUAAAUAAUACCCGUGAGUUAUACAGUGACAAAAAUCUGUCCAAAAAUGUUUUUGAUUUUUUUUUUUUUUUUUAGUACCACGACACUUAUGACGGCAAAAUUUUCAAAAUGA